AUGAGGUUGGCCAGCGUAGGGGUCCGGGCUCGGAGGGCCGCAGAGCCGUCUGAACCCGAGCAGGAGGAAGCAACAGAGCCAGUCCACCAUGAGCACUCCCAUACUGAACACCAUGAGCACUCGCACCCAGAACAUCACCCCGGCCACGACUACAACCACAUGAAGGAGAAGUUCAUGAAUGAACUUGGCCAUCUGCCAAUUCCUGUGUGGGCAGUAGCAGCCAUUGUUGUGGUGGUCCUGGUUUUGGUGGCAUGCUGCCUCUUCUGUGUUGUCAAGAAAUGCUGCGGGAAAAAGAAAAAGCCAAAGAAAGUGAGGGAGAGGAAGACAGGUCGCCGCAAAAAGGAUAAGGAAGGUGAAGGGGAGGCUGGAGAUAAGGAGGGAGAAGUGAAUAAGGAAGGAACCGAAGAGGAGAAAGAACAGGAAAAGUUGGGAAGGCUGGAGUUCUCAUUGGACUACAACUUCACUGAUGCCCAGCUUAUAGUGGGUAUUCUUCAGGCUCAGGAUCUUGCUGCUAUGGACAUGGGGGGAACUUCAGACCCCUAUGUCAAAGUCUUUUUGUUGCCAGACAAAAAGAAGAAGUACGAGACCAAAGUUCAACGCAAGAAUUUAUGUCCUGUUUUCAACGAGACUUUCAUCUUUAAGAUCCCAUAUGCAGAGUUGGGCGGAAAGACUUUGAUACUGCAAGUUUUUGACUUUGACCGUUUCUCCAAGCAUGAUAUGAUCGGUGAGAUAAAGAUUCCCAUGAACAGCGUUGAUUUGGGCCAGCCAAUGCAACAAUGGAGAGAUGUGGAGAGUGGUGAAAAGGAAGAGCUAGAAAAACUUGGCGAUAUCUGCAUUUCUUUACGAUAUGUACCCACUGCUGGAAAACUGACAGUGAACAUCAUGGAGGCAAAGAAUCUGAAGAAAAUGGAUGUUGGUGGUUUAUCAGAUCCAUAUGUGAAGAUUGUUCUGCAGCAAAAUGGGAAACGAAUUAAAAAGAAAAAGACAACCGUCAAGAAAAACACGCUCAAUCCUUACUUUAAUGAGAGUUUCAGCUUUGAGGUCCCCUUUGAACAGAUACAGAAAGUGCAGGUCGUCAUCACAGUGUUAGACUAUGAUAAACUUGGGAGCAAUGAUCCAAUUGGAAAGACCUUCAUGGGUUAUGGAGCCACAGGAGUUGGCCUGCGUCACUGGUCAGAUAUGUUAGCCAAUCCCAGACGUCCAGUAGCCCAGUGGCACACUCUCCUACCAGAAGAAGAAGUCGAUGCGGCACUCAAAGCAAAACCUCGUUAGAGUCGGACCUUGUUUGGGUAUCAAGUACUGCCAAUGUGUUACUCAUUCUAAUGAUCCUGAUGUGUUCUCAAGUUACAUGUCUUGUUUUCCAUUUUGUUUCUUUUAAGGUACUUUAACGUGUGUGUGUGUGUGUGUGUGUGUGUGUGUGUGUGUGUGUGUGUGUGUGUGUGUGUGUGUGUGUGUGUGUGUGUGUGUGUGUGUGUGUGUGUGUGUGUGUGUGUGUGUGUGUGUGUGUGUGUGUGUGUGUGUGUGUAGACAAAAUGUGGUUGUUACUCGGCUUCCCAUAUUUACCUUGUACUGUAAACCAACAUGACUUUGUAUUUGUAUACUUGUAAAACACUUAUCUGUGAAUCUGCAUCUUUAGUGUAUGCUCAUGCAUGGGCCUAUUAAAAUGUGGAUGCAUAAACAAAGGACUUAAUGGUUACGCUGUGUUCUAAAAAGUUAUCUGGUGACAUGCCACAGCUUCUGGAUCUCAUGGCACGUACACUGUACACAAGGCAUUUUUUGCCAUUUUGUAGUGAUGUGGUGCAACAGAGUCCUAAAGAAAUGCUUGUUGUAAUGCUUUUAAAAUAAAUAA